GUCCAGUCUGGCAGUCCCUUUAAUUAUUUAUUUUUGGAUACCAAAAGUACCAAAACAAGAAUUCCAACCAAAAUUUUCAUCACCUCUAGACCAAGAAGAAAUGUUGUGUAGUAAAACCAGAGUGGAACUGGAACAUGAAUAGCCUUCAGUUUAUAUUCAAUAUUCAUGAUGUGGUUCAGUGAGGUCCUCUGGGAAAAUUCAUAAAAAACUGUCCUAUCAGUAAAAUGAAUACAGAGAACCCAAAAGAACACACAUUCAUCAAAGAGCUUUUGGGUGAAAUGAAGAAUCAAUUUAAUAAAUCUGAAAACUUGAAACAAGCAGAUAUUGGUCACAAAGAACUAGGUGAAAAUGAUUCAGAUUUAAAGGGGGUAUCAGAAAGCAUCAUAAAUGAAUCAACUAGCAUUGAUUUAGAUUUGGCCAACCAGUCUCUUAUUGGAAUGAAAACACCAUCACCUACAAAAAGAACUAUCAGAAACAAGAGUACUUCUUCUGAAGAACCUUGUCCAAAAAGGUCCUCAAGUCGUAGAUUGAAAAACUUGAAAGGAUCUGUUCUACAAAGUGCAAUAGCAAGAAAAGAACAAUCCUAUAAUGAACCCAGUAAGCCAAGAAGACUAUCCAGAACUCUGAAACCAACCCAAAAAAUAUUAGAAAAUCUUGCAUUUGUUAAACAUGAAAAACGAAUUAAGAUUCUUCCAAAAUGUGUAGAUAAACCUAUCCUAUAUAAUAUUUCUACUAGCAAUAUAACAAGGAAGAAUAAGUCUAAAAAAGAUAUUGAUAAAUUGAAGAAUGAUCAGAGUGAACUUUGUGGUGAAGAGUUGGAUACUGAAGAAAGUAGGACUAGUGACAGUGAAGAAAACUUGGAUGUGGUUAAGACCAAGAGAAAAUCACAAAGGGUUUCUGCAGGCUUCAACAAAGGUGACUCUGAUGAACCUACUAACUCAAGUCCAAGUGUAGCUGACCAGGUGAAUGAUUCCCCUGAUGAUCCAGAAUGUUCAUCAGUUGAAGCCCUGUUGAUCACUUCAGAAUUGUGUUUGUGUACACAAAAGUCAAAUCUGUAUCAGGCUCCUAAUCAGAAUGAUAUUGUCCAUUGUUCAGCAAUAGACAGUAUUAGUGAAAAGUUGCUGGGAUGUAGUCGAGAGGUUAAUAUCGAGGAAACUUCUUUAUCAAGGCCAUCACAAAGAGUUCCAUAUCUCAUUUUGUGUGAUUCGCAUAGAAACCGAUUGUUCCGUCAUAAUUGUUGUCCCACAUGUGGAGUAUUUUGUACACAGGGCCAAUUUGUUGAAUGUAGUGCGAAACAUCAAUUUCACCGAAGCUGUCAAAUAAUGGUUGGUAAUACUGGAUGCUGUCCACAUUGUGGAAUAUCCACUCCUAGUCAUGAUAUAUUUAUCAGUAUGCAUUGCUCAAAUAAACCUGUUUUCUUGCCUGCACAGAGUCCAAAACGACUUUCCGCUAAAAUGAUUUUUCCCCAUGACAAAGAAAACUCUUCUCGUUCAACACCUUUGUUACUGCCUAUAGAAACUUUCCAAGUUUUCAACACUCCACAUUUACAUGGCCAGAUUUUUGAUGAAAAUGAUUUAGUCAAUGCCUUGAAAGAACAGGAUAUUGUCAAAUUGGCCUCCAUUAUAGCUUCAGAUAGCAUAGAUAUGCAUUUCAGGCUAACAGAAUUCAAUAAUGGCAGCCUUUUGCACUAUGCUGCACAUACAGGGUUGCCCAAAAUAUGCCAUUUACUUGUAUCUGCCGGUUUAGAGAUAAAUGAUUUUGAUAAAGAACAGAAUACUCCUCUGAUGUUGGCAACAGCCGCAAACAAAAAUGAUGUUGUACAAUAUCUAGUACGAUCUGGGGCCAGUAUUACAGUCAAGGGGACUGAUGGAAUGACACCUCUUCACAUAGCUGCCAAAACCGGAAACAUUUCAGCAUGCAGAAUCCUUCUAGAGGCGGGAACCACUAUCAAAAAUUAUGUCAACUGUCAAGACGAUGGUGGCUGGACACCAUUAGUAUGGGCCUGUGAGAACGGUUAUGCUGAUGUAGGCGAUUUCUUGAUCAUGAAGGGGGCUGAUCCACUGUUGAGGGAUGUUGAGCACAACGAGGCUCUGCAUUGGGCUGCCUUUAGCGGUAGCUCUCAUAUAGUGGAACUACUUUUGAACAGGGGCUGUGAUGUCAACACUGUAAAUGGACAUGGCGAGACUCCAUUACAUAUAGCUGCUAGAGAAGAUCGAUAUAAUUGCAUAAUAACGCUUUUGGCUAGAGGAGCAAACGUUUUUUUGAUGAACAAAAACAACGAGAGGCCUCAUGAUUGUGUACCUGAAGAUGGAGUCAGUGUUGAUGUUAUUGCUCUGAAUGUUCAAUUGCAAUCUGUGACUGGCUUGAAUAGCAGAAAAUACAAGUUCAUAUUGUCAGAAGAUAUAUCUAAAGGUAGAGAAACCAACCCAAUCCAAUGUGUGAACACAUUGGAUGAUGAGCCUGAACCGAAAGACUUUACUUACAUUUUGAAAAGUCGCCUUAGCUCGGAAGGCUUCAGUAUUGAUACAAGACUGUCCAUUUUACAAACCUGCAACUGUGAUGAGAGAUGUACAAGUGAUAUAUGCGACUGUGGAAAAUUGUCCAGAAAAUGUUGGUAUGAAGAAGAGGGCAAGCUGACAUUAGACUUUGACUAUUCAGAUUCACCUAUGAUUUUCGAAUGUAACGAUGCUUGUUCAUGCAACGCCAUAACCUGUAAAAACCGAGUGGUACAAAGAGGCCUUCAACAAAGGUUUCAAAUCUAUAAGACUGAAUCGAGAGGUUGGGGCGUGAAAACGUUGAAGUCUAUAGUCAAAGGUAGUUUCGUAUGCGAAUAUGUUGGCGAAAUAUUGAAUGAUGCCGAGGCCGACCAAAGAGAAGAUGAUACGUUCUUAUUUGAUCUCGAUAAUAGGGAUUCUGAGACUUUUUGUGUGGAUGCUAAGUAUUAUGGCAACUUUGCCAGGUUCAUCAACCAUUCUUGUUCACCAAAUUUACAUCCCGUAAAAGUUUUUGUCGACCACCAUGAUCUUAGGUUUCCCAAAGUCGCAUUUUUCGCCUCAAAAGAUAUUACCCCCGAUGAAGAAAUCAGUUUCGAUUAUGGGCACAAAUUUUGGCUAGUGAAAUACAAAUCUUUCACAUGUCAUUGUGAUUCGCCAGACUGUAAAUAUUCCGAAGAAACAAUAAGACAAACUUUGAUGCACUUGGAAGGUGUUGAAGAAGAGAUUUUGUGACAUUGAGAGAAUAAUCUCACCAAAGUACUGGUGUCUGGUGCAAUAACGUAAUAGCCCUAUCCUAGAAUUUUUUCAGUAUUGUGCUUAUAUCGCUGCUUGGCUUGAUCAAUAUUGAUUGAGUAGAGCUGAUCAUUUCUAGGAUUAAUUUAAAAAUUGCAUUUAUAUCAGUAGAAAGGAUAGUAAGAGAAAACUAGAAAAACUCGAAUAUGUUGUCUUGGUAUAUAAAAAACGGGUUAGUGCAGGAUGAUUGUACAGAAUUCCAUACAAAUGAGUAUGGAAAGUAUGGAAUGGAAAGGAAAAUCAUUAGACAAAUUAAAGUCUUCAUUUAUGCAUUUCCUUUAAUGGAUACGUCACUGUCGCAGUUCUA